AUCAGUCACCCAAUGAACAUUACAACAUAUUAAGACUCAAAAGUCUACUUAUGAAGAACAGAAAUAGUCAGCAUUAUAUUGCAGGGCAAAAGACCAGUGUAUGAAGUAAUAGAGAGAAAAAGGAAAGAAAGAAGAUCCAAGGAAUAUAUACUAACCAUAGUACAAAGAAAGAAUAAAUGUGAAAAGGAACAGAUUUGGAUGAGAAAGAAAAUGGGAACUUAAGGGGGAAUCUCAGGUGCCGAGAGGAGUCAAGAUGGGCUCCUUUGUGACGUUAGAUCUUCAGUCUCUCAUGAAGCUUCUCGAGACUUGUCAUAACUGCUUGUCAGGUAAGCCACCUCAAGUGACCAUUGAGGAGACACUAUCAAAAAAAUUAAGAAAUGAUGUAGUUCGGCCUUUCACCUUCAUGUGUUGUGGAGUAAUUGUAAAAACUGAAGGUGCUAUUUUCUGGCAUUCUGAUGAGAUUACACCUGAUGCUAUUACUUGUGGUAGUGAUAUUGAAAAUCGGGCAGAAUUUAAGUUAGCAAAUGGAGAGGAAGUGGAGCUGGAUCAGUUUGAAGACAUUAUUGUAAAGUGUGAGGAUGACACAUGUAGAGCAGAUGUUGAUAGUGAUGAAGCAAAUGGGAUCAAGGUUUUGGCUGAAGAAGAUCCUCUUUCUUUGGGUGAAGCACAUGAUUUACCUGCAAACAAUUCAGAAAACAUAAUCUACACCAAAGAUAGUUUCAAAAGCCAGGGAGAGUCAUCGCAGAAUUUAAGUAAUAAGGAAUUAAGAAAGAAUUUACUUGGUAUCCUAAGCCAACAGGAUACCUUAGUUCAGAAUGAUACUAUUGAACAAACUAGCAAGGUCAGCAGAUCUUCAAAACACGCAAAAUAUCCAGAUACAUUUACGUGUGAGUUCUGUGGCAAAGUGUUCACAGGAAAAGAAAGAGCAUAUCAAUUUUAUUAUCAUAGAAACAAAGAACAUACGCAUGAGAUGCUUUACAAAUGUGAUAUUUGUUCUAAAGGGUUUUGGGGAGACAGGGAGUUGCUGGCUCACAUGGCAGGGCAUAGAGAUCCAGGUCACGUCUGCCACAUUUGCGGACAAAAGUUCAAUGCAAAACGGAAUUUGAAGGCCCAUUUGCUAAUUCACCAGCCUUUGCGAGAACACACGUGCCGAUUUUGUGACAAAUCAUUUAGAAGAAGAGAUCACUUGCAAGUCCAUGAAAGAAUUCACACAGGAGAAAGACCCUAUCAGUGCAAGUGGUGUGAGUCGGGCUAUCCGCAGAAACGUCAGCUGGUUCUGCAUCAGAGAAAGUGUCCUAUCGAAAGAAGGCAAAAUAUGAGAUAUGUAAAUCCUAUAACUUAGAGAAGAAAUAUUGUAAACACUGAAGAGAAAUAGUGAGUGAGUGAGUGAGUGUGAGAGUGUGUGAGUGUGUGAGAGAGA